AUGAUUCAAUAUCUCGGCUUGUUUUUUCUUCUUCAAUUAUGUCAAUGUAAAAAUCAUCCUCCAAUUCUUAUUGAACAACCACAAGAUAUGAUCGCCGAAUUAGAUAAACCAAUGGCUAUACAUUGUCGAACAGAAUCAUCAUCGUUAGAUGAUCUUCAUAUUGAUUGGUAUAAAGAUGGUCGAUUAGUAACAACUGAUCCAAAUGCACGUAUAAUUACAGAAUUUAUGGCAUUACAUAUUAUUAAUACAAUGCCACAAGAUGCAGGUAUAUAUUAUUGUAUAGCAAAAAAUUCUUAUGGACAAAUACAAAGUCGAAAAGCACGAAUACAAUUUUUAAAACUUGAUAAAGAAUUUCUUAUUUCACCAAUAUCAACAAGUGCUUCAAUUGGUGAACGUAUACGUUUACGUUGUCAACCACCAAAUGGUUCACCAAUUCCAAUAGUUUAUUGGACAAAAGAUGGAAAAAAUCUUUCACUUCCACUUGAUAAUUAUGAUCUUAUAUUAUCAUCAAUAGAAAAAUCAGAUUUUGGUUCAUAUCGUUGUAUAGCAUCAAAUGGUCUUAUACGUCAAUCAUCUAUUGCUUAUUUAACUGAAUUUCAUCGACCAAAUAUAACUAUACAACCAUCAUUAUCACGUAUUGAUUUACAUCGUGGACAAUCAAUUGAUUUACAAUGUCAUAUUGAUAAUGAACAAUAUAAUAUUGAAUGGUAUUUUAAUAAUAAUAAUCAGAUUAUUCAAAAUAAUCAUAUACAUAUAUCCUCAAUUGAAUUUAAUCAAAGUGGAAUUUA